AUGGCGUCCGACGUGACAGAGCAAGUAGAAAUUACGCAAGAGACAAAAGAGGGCCUAGUGCCAGAAGACACCUUGGAAAAACUGGUGGCACCGCAGGCAGAGCCUAGGAAAUACGAGAUCGUUUAUAAGAAUCUCUUGACGUUUGGUUAUGGACACUUCUGCCUGUUUUAUUCAAUAUAUUUGGCUUUCACGGCAGCCUGCUGGCGUACUAUAAUGUUUAAUUACGUGAUUUACGUGCUAGCGGCGUUGGGAGUGACAGCUGGGGCUCACCGCCUCUGGACCCAUAGAGCUUACAAAGCCAAGAUGCCUCUGCAGAUCAUCCUGAUGCUGAUGAAUACCCUAGCAUUCCAGAACACCGCGACGGACUGGGUCAGGGACCAUCGAAUGCACCAUAGAUACUCGGAUACAGACGCGGAUCCGCACAACGCCACUCGCGGCUUCUUCUACUCGCAUAUGGGCUGGUUAUUGGUGAGGAAACACAGGGAGGUAAAGAGGAGGGGCAAGUAUGUCGACAUGAGCGAUAUAUACGCGAACCCUGUGCUGAAGUUUCAAAGGAAAUACGCGAUCCCCUUCAUCGGUACAAUAACAUUUCUCCUACCAACCGUCAUACCCUGGUAUUUCUGGGGCGAAGACCUGUACACCGCUUGGUACAUAGCGGUCGGUCGCUACAUGUUCAACCUACACGGAACCUUCCUCGUCAACAGCGCCGCUCAUUUGUGGGGCAAUAAACCAUAUGACAGAUACAUAAAUCCCAGCCAAAACCUGUCGGUUUCCUUCAUCGCUUUUGGCGAGGGCUUCCACAACUAUCACCACGUGUAUCCGUGGGAUUAUAGGACGGCCGAAUUGGGUAACGACUACAUGAAUUUGACGACACAUUUCAUUAAUUUCUUCGCGUGGUUGGGCUGGGCGUAUGACUUGAAAACGGUGCCGGAUGAUGUGAUUAAAAGGAGAGCAGCGAGGACUGGUGAUGGGAGCGAUCUUUGGGGGAGAAAGGGUGAUCAGAAAGUAUUAAAGAUAUGGAACAAAGCUAUAAACAGGAAUUGUUGA